UACACAUAAGCAUGAGGGCCCACAAGCAAGACACUUUUUAUUUGAAUGAUAAGAACAAAGUAGUUCCAAGAACUCAAAAUGGAUAAGUCGUUAGAGGUUCAGAACACUUCCAUUUUACACCUGCAGGAAGACUCUUCUUCCCCUACUACUCCAUCUUUCUUCCCCAAACCUAAAUCAAUCAAAGUAGAAAAAACAAAAAGAAAAAAAAAAUGAUUUACCUCAAAGCAAUACAUUCCUCUUUCACUCUCACCCAGCAUCCUCUUCUUCCCACAAGAGGCCACUUCAAGAGGAAGAACCCCAUACUCUCAUUCUGCAAGUCCAAUGAUUCUACAGAUUCAGAUGCUCCUCCUCCUCCUCCUCCUGAAGGAGAUGCGCGUAAUCAGGAACUGCUUGCCAGAAUUGCAAUGCUUCAGACCCAGAAAGUUCGCCUGACUGACUAUUUAGACGAAAGAGCAGCCUAUCUGACCCAGUUUGCUGAAGAAGCCAAUGCCGAGAUGAAUCAGAUAGGAGAAAAUGCCCUCAAAGAGCUUGAUGAAGCUGGUGCAAGGGUCUGUGUCUGACUUCUUAGUGUCUAGCAACUGUUUAG